GAUAAAACCAGAAAUGAAGUGCCAGCUGAAGAACCUCAGCUGUCUGGAGAAUCAUCGAAUAAACCCAAGUUAUUCAAUUAUACGAAAGCUCGUUAUGAAGUAAUGAGAUUUGCCUUGAGUGGAUUUGAGAAAGAAAAGCAAAUAAAAUCUAAAGUGGCCAUGGCUAUUAGACUUGGUGCUAAACCUCCUAAAAAGGAAUAUACAAAUUAUAAAGUUCUCAUGCAAGAAAAAUUGGAAGAAAAGGAAAGGAAAAAGAAUGAAGCGAAACAUCAUUUGCAAACUACAAAACCUAGGAAAAAGAGGAACCUCAAAAAGUAUAAAAAACAACUGUUGCAAGCUUCAAAACAAGGAAAAAAGGAUAAAAAGCAACCAAAUAAUUUAAUAAAAUAAUAAUAUUUUGUAAUAUUUGUAAAUAAAUUCUUGUAUUAGCAUUUUGUAAAAAA